GCGAAGGGGCGGGGCGGGGCGGAGAGGCGCCGGAGCUCGCUGGUGCUGAUGCAGGAUGGCUGAGCUCGCAGGAGCCCGGGAGGUCUGAGCCGGGAGAACCUUGCUCCCUGCGCAUCGCCUCGUCCGCCCGCCGCGUGGUCCUGGGCAGGUGGGCCCGGGACGCAGCGCAGGGCCAGGGCAGGGCCAGGGAAGGCAGGUGUGCAGCCGGACGGGCCAAAGGUUGAUAGACUGCCCACCUACCAGGUCUCGGAGCGGCCAGAGCUGCCCAGCCCGCCGAGUUCGCGAUGACCUGCUGAGAAGCUUCGUCGGAGGCUGCGGGAGGCGGCCUCGUUGCGGGCGGUGCGGUUCUCGACCACCUCCCUAGUUGUGCGGAACCCCGUCCCCCCGCCCCUUCCCUCUGCCGCCGGCAGAGAUGGCGGAUCCAGCCGAAUGCAGCAUCAAAGUGAUGUGCCGGUUCCGGCCACUCAACGAAGCUGAGAUCCUCCGCGGGGACAAAUUCAUCCCCAAAUUUAAAGGCGAUGAGACCGUGGUGAUCGGGCAAGGAAAGCCAUAUGUCUUCGACAGAGUGCUGCCUCCCACCACAACCCAAGAGCAGGUUUACAACGCGUGUGCAAAGCAAAUUGUCAAAGAUGUCCUUGAGGGUUAUAAUGGGACAAUUUUUGCGUAUGGACAGACAUCAUCAGGAAAAACGCACACCAUGGAGGGGAAGCUCCAUGACCCUCAACUCAUGGGCAUCAUCCCAAGGAUCGCACACGACAUCUUUGACCAUAUCUAUUCCAUGGACGAAAACCUGGAGUUCCACAUCAAGGUUUCCUAUUUUGAAAUCUACUUGGACAAAAUCAGGGACUUACUCGAUGUAUCCAAGACAAACUUGGCUGUUCAUGAAGAUAAAAACAGAGUCCCGUACGUUAAGGGGUGCACCGAGCGGUUUGUGUCAAGCCCCGAGGAGGUCAUGGACGUGAUAGAUGAAGGCAAAGCAAACCGCCACGUGGCUGUAACGAACAUGAAUGAACACAGCUCUAGAAGUCACAGUAUCUUCCUGAUUAAUAUUAAACAAGAGAAUGUAGAGACUGAAAAAAAACUCAGUGGGAAGCUUUAUCUAGUUGAUUUGGCUGGGAGUGAAAAGGUCAGCAAAACUGGUGCCGAGGGAGCUGUUCUUGACGAAGCUAAAAAUAUCAAUAAGUCUUUGUCUGCUCUUGGAAACGUGAUCUCUGCCUUGGCAGAAGGGACAAAAACACACGUGCCAUACCGGGAUAGCAAGAUGACUCGGAUUCUUCAGGACUCUCUGGGUGGGAACUGUAGAACCACCAUCGUUAUUUGCUGUUCUCCCUCGGUAUUCAAUGAAGCUGAGACCAAGUCAACGCUAAUGUUUGGACAAAGGGCUAAGACCAUCAAGAAUACAGUCUCUGUGAACCUGGAGCUGACAGCGGAAGAAUGGAAGAAGAAAUAUGAAAAAGAGAAAGAGAAAAACAAGACUUUGAAGAAUGUUCUCCAGCAUCUGGAGAUGGAGCUAAACAGGUGGAGAAAUGGAGAAGCUGUGCCCGAGGAUGAACAGAUCAGUGCUAAGGACCAGAAGCCCCUGGAGCCCUGUGAUAACACCCCCAUCAUAGACAACAUUGUUCCUGUGGUUGCUGGCAUCUCUGCAGAGGAGAAGGAGAAGUAUGAUGAGGAGAUCUCCAGUCUCUACCGACAGCUGGAUGAUAAGGAUGAUGAAAUUAACCAGCAGAGCCAGCUGGCUGAAAAGCUAAAGCAACAGAUGUUGGAUCAGGAUGAGCUUUUAGCUUCUACAAGAAGAGACUAUGAGAAGAUCCAGGAGGAGCUGACACGUCUCCAGAUUGAAAAUGAGGCAGCCAAAGAUGAGGUGAAAGAAGUUCUCCAGGCCCUGGAGGAGCUGGCUGUCAAUUACGACCAGAAGUCGCAGGAAGUGGAGGACAAGACCAGGGCCAAUGAGCAGCUGACAGAUGAGCUGGCCCAGAAAACGACAACAUUGACCACCACACAAAGAGAGCUGAGCCAGCUGCAAGAGCUUAGCAAUCACCAGAAAAAGAGGGCCACUGAGAUCCUGAAUUUGCUGCUGAAGGAUCUGGGGGAGAUAGGAGGAAUUAUUGGCACCAAUGAUGUGAAGACUUUGGCAGAUGUGAAUGGAGUCAUUGAGGAGGAAUUCACCAUGGCCCGGCUGUACAUCAGCAAGAUGAAAUCGGAGGUUAAAUCUCUGGUGAACCGCAGUAAACAGCUCGAGAGCGCCCAGAUGGACUCCAACAGGAAGAUGAAUGCCAGUGAGCGGGAGCUGGCAGCCUGCCAGCUGCUCAUCUCCCAGCAUGAAGCCAAGAUCAAAUCCCUGACAGACUACAUGCAGAACAUGGAACAGAAGAGGAGGCAGCUGGAAGAGUCCCAAGACUCACUCAGCGAAGAGCUGGCCAAGCUCCGAGCCCAAGAAAAAAUGCAUGAAGUCAGCUUCCAGGAUAAAGAAAAGGAACAUCUGACCCGGCUGCAGGAUGCUGAGGAAAUGAAGAAGGCGCUGGAGCAGCAGAUGGAGAGCCACCGGGAAGCUCAUCAGAAGCAGCUGUCCAGGCUCCGAGAUGAAAUCGAGGAGAAGCAGAAAAUCAUCGAUGAGAUUCGGGAUUUGAAUCAGAAACUGCAACUGGAACAGGAGAAGCUCAGUUCUGAUUAUAACAAGCUGAAAAUAGAAGACCAAGAGAGAGAAAUGAAACUGGAAAAGCUCUUAUUGCUCAAUGAUAAAAGAGAACAAGCCAGAGAGGACCUCAAAGGGCUGGAGGAGACAGUGUCUCGAGAACUACAGACUCUGCACAACCUCCGUAAACUCUUCGUCCAGGAUCUGACCGCCCGGGUUAAAAAAAGUGUAGAGCUGGACAACGACGAGGGAGGAGGCAGUGCUGCCCAGAAGCAGAAAAUUUCCUUCCUGGAGAAUAACCUGGAGCAGCUCACUAAGGUCCACAAACAGCUGGUCCGGGACAACGCAGACCUGCGCUGUGAGCUGCCCAAGCUGGAGAAGCGCCUGCGUGCCACAGCCGAGCGCGUCAAGGCACUGGAGAGCGCGCUGAAGGAGGCCAAGGAGAACGCCAUGCGGGACCGCAAGCGCUACCAGCAGGAGGUGGACCGCAUCAAGGAGGCUGUGCGAGCCAAGAACAUGGCCAGGAGGGCCCACUCGGCCCAGAUCGCCAAGCCCAUCCGCCCUGGACACUACCCAGCAUCGUCUCCAACGGCCAUCCACGCCAUCCGAGGGGGAGGAGGCAGCUCUUCAAACUCCACUCACUACCAGAAAUAAACAUGAAAUAUGACUCUCCACGUAGCAUGUCAAGGACUACAUUAAUCACCAAUUCCUUUACUUUUUUUCCCC